UAACGAUAACUUGCUUAGCUUUCGUUCUAUUUCAUGCGUUUGUGAAAACUCGUUCUCGUUCUCGUGCCUCUCUGGCCUUCAGCGAUCUCACUGCAGAUACAGUCGACGGCACUAGCAGCCGUCUGUCAACGGCUUUACCAGAAUCACCUCAGGAACGAUUCGCACGUGUAAAGGCCGCGAUCAAUGACAGAUGCAGCAAGAGCUUCCGACAACCUCUCACAAAAAAUCAACUUGACCUUCUCUACCGACGCCUCGUCGUCGAUGACAAUCACAAAGUCAUGUACUGUCCCGUCUGGAAGUCGGGCUCGACCUCCUGGAGAGCAGUCAUGCUCGUACUGAGCGGCAAGUUCAAAACUCUCGACGAGGCCGUCAAGGCUGUUUUCGGACUGAGGGGACUGAGGACGUUGAAAUCGUACGGGAAUAAAUCAGAAAUCGAGUUCAGACUAAAAAACUACACAAAAUUUACGUCAUACAGAGAGCCGCUCAAUCGUUUUACGGCAGACUACUUGAUGUUGCGAAUGAAAUCGAGACGUCACAACGAGCAGGCCCACAAAGUCGUAAAGUAUGCGAACUCCGUGAGAGGACUUCUCGAUCGUCGACAUCAGUGGCAAAAAAUGAGCAUCCGGGACUUUGGCACGUUUGUGGCUCGUUUCGGGAACAGUACGACGGGACUGGCUCGGUUAGACAAGCAGUGGAUACCACAAAAUCUGGCGUGUCGUCCUUGUCACGGUCACUAUGAUUACUACAUCGAUAUGGAGAGUCCGACGGUUAACGACGACAUUCGUUACAUUUUGACGACGAUAGGCGCGCCUCGUUGGCUCGAGAUGCCUCAUGUCAAUCCUACCCGCAGGGACAAAAAUCCGUAUUUGUCUCAACUUUCGGAGACGAUGUUCAACAGCCUUCUGUCUGUUUACUACAACGACUAUGAGAUUUUUGGUUUUACGAGACCGCAAUGGAGUAGACUGCAACAUUAGAGGACUUGCAUGCAUGGAUGUAUUUAAUUAAUUAAACGAUAAAAAUGGACGUUCUAGUGAAGACUUGCGUCUUGUUUAGCUAUUUGCUAGAAUCCCGGCGUAGCGUCGGGGGAGGAAAGCUGAGGGAGGCUAUAGCCCCCAAACAUUUUGAAAGUGUCACUUUGCUUCAAGCAGAACUAUAAACUUUUUUUAAGUUACUAGACAGUGACAGUCCGCUUAGUCUCAGAGUAGUAUGUUGACGAUC